AUGUCCUCCGGGUAUAGACCUCCCGCUCGCGUACCGACAAACUCAUCCUAUUAUAGCUGGAAUGGCACCCCGGAUCUGUCCAACCUAACGGGAAAUCCUUGGAUGCAUGCACAUCAUAUAGUAGCCCAAGUUGUAGCUGCUCCCAGUCCUACGAGACCAUAUCCAUCGCGCUAUGGCAACCAUGAAAACCAGCCACUUCAAUCUACUCCGCCUUUACACCAUUACCCACUUCAAAAGUCAGGCACAUGGUCCCUAGGCACAAGCCCAGGUGCUACAGGCAAGGGUUAUGGUCAAUUCACGAUGGCGAAUUAUCACGCACACGCUUCAAAAGAAUGA